AGCAUUGAAGUCGGACGUUUGUUGAUUUUAAUGUUGUGUUGUAAUUUUUAAAUUGGAUUAGAAAGUGAGACCAUCAAAAAUACAAAGAAAAUUUGUGUUUUUAUAAUGCGACGACAAAGCUGACGUUAUGUUACGAGAGAUAAUUCGAUUACAGUAGCAAUGUUAUGAUUCCCUUUCAGGGAUCUUGAAAUAAUUUCGUAACACUAAAUGGCACAUCAUUAAAACUUAAAAAUGGAUGGAACAAAUGGAUCAGAUUUGCCGCCCGUUAAAGAAGAAACAUUUUGUAAAUACGUAUUAUAUUAUGAAAUGAACAACUCAAGAGUUCGUAUCUGGGAUUUGAUAAUAUUGAUACCAAACUCUCUCUUCCUGCUAUUCCUAGUGGUACGGUUUAACAAGGCUCAGUUAAAGUUGCGUGCUACCAGUAGUCCCAUAUUUUUGACGUUCUAUACACUUGUAUGGGGUAAUGUGGUCAUCAGCUUAAUAAGAUGUGCUGUUUCUAUGACUGUAAACGCAGCGAUGCCUGUGGGCGGUCUGAUCUACAAGAUAUUGUGGGUCACUGUGAGAUUUUUUUUACUUGCAACAGAAAUGAGUGUGGUUAUAUUCGGAUUAGCUUUUGGGCAUAUGGACAGUCGUAGCAGUAUCAGAUAUGUGUUACUAGCUACGUCACUUAUAUCACUCGCUUUCACAGUAACACAAGGAACAUUAGAAAUUAUUAUGCCAAAUGAUAUGUUUCAUAUCGACACAAGGGAUUAUGACUUGUUCAGACACGGUGGAAUGCUGUUCUGGUUUACAUCGUCACUCGUGUUUGCCAUCAUAUAUUUUGUAAUACUUAUAUUACCCUGGAUACCUUUAAGGGAAUAUUUGGCUUUACCAACGAAACUCUCGUUCUAUCUGUACGUGCUUCUCCUCGCAUUGCUGGACACCACGCAGGCGAUCGGCGCGGGUAUACCCACGUGGGGCUCCAUGCCGUCUGGUCUGUGCGUCGUGGACGUUACCACGUGGAUUUACUUCUCCCUGUACACACCGCUCGUGUAUCACACGUUUUUGAGUGAAUUUUUCAGUGUUUCCCAGCCCAGCAUCAUGUUCUCGUACAAGGCUCAGAUGGACGAGCCCAUGGACGACGAUCAGGUAUCCCUUCCGCAUCAGCAGAGCUUCAGUUCACUCAAAACGGACUCUGAUUAUAUUUAUCAGAGCAAUAGUGUUUACGACAGCACACUAUUCGAAGUAGGAGGGACCACCCCGGUGAACCCAGUUUACAGCGCAUCUCUACAAAGUCCUGAUUCUAUAGCGUCGGGCCAAUCCAUAGACAUUGGAGUACCAACAUCAGGGUUCCCAAAUCAAAACAUGCUCUCAACAUAACAAAAGAAAAACAGAUUGAAUAUACCUAACAUUAAUGCCACUCAUCCAAAGAAAUACAUUAUAAUUUAAGAGUUAGCGAAUACGAAAUAGUUUUAAAUAUUUUGUAUUUAAGUGUCAAGUAGUUUCUUUUUUCAGAAUCUCUUAAUUUGUUUAUUUCAUUGUUUUUAUCAGACGCUUUGUGAUAGCUAGAGCCAGUGUUCGGACUCAUUGAGACGAAAUCUUCUCGUUUUCUGCUUUAAAAAGUUGUAAUGUAUCCAUCCACAUAAAUUUCAAACUAGGCUAAUACUGAAACAGCGACACAUAUUGUUUAUUGUUC